AUGGCAUCCCAGGGGUUCUUACAAGUGAAAUGGCACCUCCAUGGGCCCUCCCAGAUACGUGGUUCCUUUAUGGAAUAUCAUCGGGGCGGCGACGUCCCUAGGAGGCCCUCCCAAGGCCGGCGGCGCCCCCAGAGGUCCUCCAUAAAGGGUGUUGGCGCACCUAUGGGACCUACUAGGUGCGAUGGCGCCCCCAUGAGCGCUCCUAGGGGCGGUGGCGGCCCUAAGGGCCCUCCCAUAGGCGGAGGCGCCCUUGAGUGCCCGCCCAGGAGCAGCUGGGGCCCUGCCCUGGGCAGCUUGCCCCUACGGGACCUACCAAUGUGUGGCAGCGCCCUCACGAACCCUCCCAAGGGCGGUGGCGCCCUUAGUGGCCCUCCUAGGAACGGCAGAGUCCCCAACGGCCCUACCAGAGGCGACCCUCCUGGGAGCUCUAUAGCUUGGAGACCUGCUAGGUGCUGGUGCGCCACCAAUGGACCUCACAGGUGCGAUGGCAUCCGCAUGGUGCCCAGGGGCGGUGGCGCCUUCAGGUUCCUUCAGAAGAGUAUAGCCGUCCGAGUGCCUGUCACCGGCGAUAAGCGCUCCCAGGGGCCUUGGCUCCCCAGCCAGGCUUUGUUGGGCAUUGCGGCUCCCAGGCGGUGCUUGAACCUGGGGGCCCCUCCUGGCGGAGGCGCAGGAGACCUGCUAGGUGCUGGUGCGCCACCAAUAGACCUCACAGGUGUGGGGGCGCCCUCAGGGGCCCUCCCAGGGCAGUCGGCACCCCCAAGGACUUUCCCAGUUCCGGUGGCAUCCCUAGGUGCCUUCUAA